AUGGAAGUACCUGGGAAACUAAGUGCUAAAGACUCGACAUUAGUAUGUCUCCCGUGUGACAGUGAUGGUUUGAAGGAACCUGCUUAUGGCUUCUGCCAGGAUUGCCAAGAACAUCUCUGUGAAACAUGCUACAAACAUCACAGACGGCCACGCCCAAUGAGAAAUCAUGUCCUUAUUGACAAAGAAUCCAUGCCAAAGACCCGGGUAAUGGAACCUACAAAAUUGGACGUAACGGAGGAUUUUUGCGAGUUCCACCCAGAUAAACCAUUAGAAUUCUAUUGCAACGAUCACAAAUAUGUGGCAUGUUAUAUUUGUGUUACUUUGGUACAUAAACAGUGUAAAGUGGACUUUAUUCCCGAUGUGUCCGGAAAUGUGGCCGAUGAGAUGACCGAUAUGUUAGAACAAAUAGAAUCGUUGGUAAGAAACUGUAAAUCAAAUAUCAAAUAUACCGGCCAAGCUUUACAAAAUCUAGACCAGAGUCAUGCAAAAGUUGUUGAAGAUAUUAAAUUCUUCAGGAAAGAGAUAAAUGAAUGUUUAGAUAAAAUGGAAACCAAAAUAUUACAGGAAGCUGAGACAUUUGUACAGGCUGCUAAAUGUAAACAAGAAACCGUUCAGACUGCUAACUUAGAAAUAACUGAAGAACUUGAAUGUUUGCAAUCCUUGUUAAGCACAUUAAGAAAAGAAAAUAACCAAAACAAGCUUUUUAUUGAGAUGAUAAAAGCCAGUAAACGGCUCCCGAUCAUGAGAGAUAAGGAAAAGCAAGUUUUGCAGGCAAAUAAAACAGACGAUUGUUUACAGUUUACCCGAAACACGUGCUUCAUUCAUGAACUUAAAACGAGAAAUGAAUAUGGACACUUGUCCACACAAGUAAAACCUUCCCCAGCUAGAGCAACAAAUUUAGCAUUCAGCCGUACAAUAAACGUGAAUUCCAAAUUCGAUAGGACAGAAUGUAACAUUACUGGUAUAGUUAAGAUUGCUCCUGAGAGAAUGAUUCUUGUUGACAAUAUUAAUAACAAUAUCAUACUACUUGAUACAGAAAAAGAUGUGGUUGUGACAGAGAUAAAAAUGUCAUCAUUGCCUUGUGAUGUUAUAACUCUUCCAGCAAAUAAGCUUGCUGUAUCUUUGAUAAAUGAAAUGUGCAUUCAGAUUUUAUCUUACACUGGCACAGAACUUUCAUUUGGUCAACGUAUUGAUGUUAAAGGACGUUGCAAUGGAAUAGCUUAUUGCAGUGAUAAGUUUGUUGUAGCUUUCUGGAAAGCCAGGAAAAUACUAAUUUUCAACUUAUCUGGAGAAGUUAUCAAUGUUAUUGAUUCUCCUGCUUUAUUUCAUGGACCAUCGAGAGUUAUCAUCAGCAAUGAUGAGAGGUUCCUUUAUAUUUCUGAUACUGAUUGGAGCCAAAAUAACAAAGUUGUAAAAAUGGAUUGGGAAGGGAAUCUUAUGCACGUGUUUGAAGAGCCAGGACAUGCAUCUCCUUUCGGGAUACAACAAUUAGAAGAUGAAACGAUACUUGUUUGUUACAAGGACAGUAAAAAUAUCCUGAGGCUGUCGGGCAUUUUAAACAAAUGUGAGAUUGUAGGGCUCGAUGAAAUAAGGCUUAAGAAUCCAAAAGCUAUAACUUAUUGCGAUAAAGAACAGAAACUGUAUGUCAGUUGUUCAGUGGGCAGAGGGAAAUGGAAUGCUGAUAUUGUUAAAGUGUUCAAUGUGAAGUGGAUCUAAAUCUUUCAAUGAAACCUUACCUACAGAAUUGGUGUUUAAUUUUGAUAGGGAAAAUAUGACGGUUGAUACUUCGAAAUAAGAUUUUGUGAUAUAUAUGAUGUACACUGUGAUUAAACAAGAAAUA